AUGCAGCAACGGGUGUUCGAACGCCCCAUUAUUGGCCCGGAAGGGUGGAUAGGUGUUGUCGACCUGCUUAUCGCCUUUUGUUAUGAACGUGCUCUCCAGAGAAUUUGUGCACGCUUCCCCAAUGCGAGCGAGGACGACAUUGCCACCCACACCGCCCCGCUCUCAGCUGUCAAGGCGUUUGCCCAGGGUGCCAUGGACUGUCUGUGGCGCGAUCACUACAGUGACGGUGGGAAGAUCAAGUACAGAGGCUUCAACGUCGAUACCCUCAAGGGUUAUCUGCCAGACCCUUGCACGCUCCCUCCGCGCGCCUUUGUCUGCAUGGACCCGGACCGGCCGGACCUCCCAGCAGAGACCAUCUGGCUCGACUACAAGUACGAGAUCGUGCCCCCGCCCAACAACUCGCCAUCCUUGCAGGCCCAGCUGGGGUCCCGGCUGGUUGGAGACGUCGAGCCCGUCGUCUGUGGCGCACUCGCGGCUGUGGGGAUCACUGCGUCUCUCCGGCAGCCGCCGAAGGCCUCGUACCUACAUUACGAUGGUGCUGUUCACUCGGCCGCCCUGGACAUGCGGACGACCGACCUGGAUGAGCGGUGCGGCGCCGUCAUCGAGCUCAAGCGCCAACGCCACUCCACAACGACCCGCUGCAAGCGCCUCGGCGAGACCACGGCACCACCCGAGGUCACCGAGCCCACGCGAGAUUCUACGACAUACAGCGUCCAGCCCUAA